AUGUUUGGAGGUCCCUUGGGAGGGCUUUUUGACAAGGCACUGGAGUGGUGCAGUGAGGCUCACGCACGCGACAUUGCACGGCGUCAAGGGGUUGAAAUCCGGGACAUACGCUUUGAGAAGACACCAGAGGGAGGUAUAAGAAUAGUAGUAGAUGCACCAAAUGCAACAACGAAGCAAAUUGAGCAUCUCGGGGAACAGGUAAUGGAAGAGUGCCCCGUGGCCCGUUUUAGGAAAACCCAGGUGACAUCUCCCCAACAGAAGGUCCAAUGGGUCCGUCUGCCUGAUCGUUAUGACCGCUAA